UCUCUGCCAGAUCAACUGGCAGCAGCCUCCGGGAUAUGUUCACGGAUGCGUGCUGCAGGCAUCUCUUGCAGUCAGCCAUAACAAUGACAAUAUUUUCAUGUGAAGCACUUUCAGGAACUGAUACGGGGACAAGCGAAAUUUUUAUGAAACUCAAUUACCUCACUGUUGUUGACAAAAGUGACGCAUGAGUCAUGUCCAGGUGAAAUGAACGAAGAACUGUCCUAAGAAUCGAAAGGUUAGUUGUGAUUUCAGACCAUAUAGAUUGAUAUAACGUAUACAGGGAACGCGGUGCUAUCGGUGAUAUGUAAAGAUGAGGCUGAGUUUCGACGAUGUUCUGCGGCUCCUGGGGGAGUUUGGACGCUACCAGAGAUGGAUCUCCCUUUUCCUGUCUCUCUCUGGCAUCACCUUUGGCAUCAGGAUGAUGAUCAGUGUGUUCCUGCUGAACAUACCUGGACACAGGUGCGCCAUCCCUGGCUACGACAACGACACCUACGAUGUACAGUCUGCCGAUCACGCCCGGCUUAUCAACGUCACCAUCCCCUACGUCAAAAGGGACGGCAAACUGCAGCUCGACAACUGUCACAUCUACUUUGACGUUGGCAUCAAUGACCUAGCAAACCGUACAGUAGUUCCCUGUACAAAGUGGGUGUACGACAAGUCUGUGUUCGAGUCCACGGUGUCAUCAGAGUUGAAUUUUGUGUGUGACAACGCAAUACUGGCAACACAUUCAAAGGUGAUCUACAUGGGAGGAUGCUUCUUGGGAUCCUUCGCAGCCGGAACCCUAGGGGACAGGAUCGGUCGGAAGAAGGCUCUUUACCUCUGUCUCCUGGUUCUCAUCGCCGGCGGCAUCCUCCUCAACUGGUCCAGCAACUUCGUCAUGUUCGCCAUCCUGCGCUUCAUCAACGGUGCCUCUGCGGUCGGGGUCUUUGUUUCGUGCUUUGUAAUUGGUAUUGAAAUAACCGGUCCUACAAAACGUGUUUAUUUUGGAGUGAUGCUGGAGACAUUCUUCGCCAUUGGUAUGGUGGUGUUGUCCGGACUGGGUUACUUCAUCCGGGACUGGCACACGCUGGAGCUGGCCACGGCCGUCCCUGUUGCAGCGUGUCUUGUGUACUGGUGGAUCCUUCCAGAAUCUCCAAGAUGGCUGCUGAAGCAGGGCCGGCAGCAGGAAGCGGAAGUGAUCAUGCGGCGCAUGGCUGAUGUGAAUCAAGUCACGUUGCCUGCCAACCUGUCACAACACGUGACAGAGACUGACGACAAGCCUAAGGGCAGCUUCUUGGAUCUGUUCACGACUCCAGUCAUGUGUACACGAACACUCAUCAUAUUCUUUAACUGGCUGGUGGUCAGCAUGGGGUACUAUGGCCUGUCCCUCCACUCAGACAACCUGGGAGCAGGCAGCCUCCACCUCAACUUCCUGCUGGUGGGGCUGGUGGAGUUCCCGGCGUUCGUCCUCGUCAUAACACUGCUCAACAAACUGGGCAGGAAGACCAUGUACUGUGCAUCACUGUUCACAAUGGGAGUGUCCUGCAUCCUCACCAUUUUCCCCAUCCUCUAUGCAGACCAGCCAUUACAGUGGGUCACUGUUCUACUGGCUAUGAUUGGAAAGCUUGGAUCCACGGGAGGCUUUCUAAUCAUGUACGUCUUCUCCUCGGAGCUGUUCCCCACAGUCAUCCGUCACUCCGCCACUGGUGCCGGGUCCUCUUGUGCACGGCUAGGGGCCAUGAUCGCCCCUUAUGUUGUUGACUUGGACAUACCUGACUUUUCUUACAAAGGGCAAGUUUGUCGACGGGGACUUCGGCCGCGCCCUGCCUCUGUUGAUGUUUGGCAGUCUGGCUGUCCUGGCAGGUCUGUUUGCCCUCCUGCUGCCAGAAACACUCAACAGAGACCUUCCGGAGACCAUCGAGGACGGAAUCAAUUUCCGGAGACAGCCUUCUCGGCCUACAUCUGCAGGGGAAGUUUCGGAAGAAAAUCAGAAAGGUCUUCCAUUACUACUUAUCGAAGACUCAAGACAAAGCAAAGACCCAGCAAAUGAACCAUCUGCAAAUUCUACGCUCACUGCCUACGUUUUUUCGUGACUGUAGAUAACUGUCUGGGUUUCUCGAAACAUCCUCAACUUUGGAAGUCAAUAUUUGGUUUAUAGUUUGGAUAGGUUAAUUUAGGCAUGUUCCCUUCCGUAUGGUGGCUGGUAAAACUCAAAUUAGCUAGUAGAUAUACGAACUGCUGCAGUGGGAUGGGGGGUUAUUUCACAAAAAAGUUUCCAGGAUGAUUUUUAGACUUUGAUUUUCAGUCCAUUUUAUUCAUAAUAUAUAAUAGAAAUAUAUCGGACAGGUGUUUCUACUCACUUGGAACAAAAUAAAAGAUCAUUAGUCGUU